AAAUCUGAGCGCAGGGCGUCGGGUAGACUGCUGGGGACGCGUAUUGUUGCUCACGUGUUUGACGGCUAGGGAGAUUGCCGUGGUCUCCGAUCGGACCUCAAAUCGGCGGUGGGCAAAUGUCCCAAAAAGGAAAGACGGUGAAUGAAUUUGAGGUUUAAGAAAUUGCUGAUCGGAGGAGGAGCUUUCGUCCGAGCGUAGUUAAGUCGAUUAAUCUGGAAAGAGGGAGGAAGCGACCGCAGGAGGAAACGGAGAGGAAGAAAGCUCGCCGCGCGCGUCUGCAUUAUUUUCUCGAAUUCCAAGAAAGGGAUCGAUAAGCAAGGUGCAGGCAGCUGCUCUUCGGAUCGUCGAUUAGCGUCCGGUGGGUUCUUCGACAAACAACCGUCCGGGGAUUUGGGUUUCUCCCUCCGACUGCUGACGUCGGAGUGCGCCCCGCCGCUCUAGCUGCUGACGGCAGCAUAAGGCAACCGGCGACCGUGGUCUCCCUAGGUAAACAGAAGCUUGAUGGUCUGAACAGCAUGCUGCUAACGACCUUUUCUCACCAUGAGUUGGGUGUGAUUCUUCCUCAGUGAAAUCUUGAGCCUACCUUAGGUUGUACGCUGAUUUAUCCAGUUGUUGACAGCUAUGCUUGCUGCUGGUAAAUCUUGAGGAACAUUGUACUAAAAUUGUUUGGGAAGAUGAAUGCUCGUGCACAUUUGCACGGGCAGAUCUCUAAUCAGAUGUCUGCCCAAACUAGCACACAAAUAUCUGCUUCAUCACAGCAGAUUGGAAACUUAAUGGUGCAUCAAAUGCAGAACCUUGGACCACGACCUGUGGAUUCAGAACUUCAAAAUGGUCGCGCUGCUAUGCGGAGAAAUAUCUUCAAUAUUCUUCAAAAAAGAAACCAAUCAAGUCCUGAGUGGUCCCCAAGGAUACCUGAGCUUGUUAUGCGUAUUGAAGAUCGUAUCUUCAAGGAUAUUGCCGCAAGGGAAGUCUAUUUGAGUUUAGCGAUGGAAGCAUCAGAGCAAUGCCUAUACCCUAUUGUGAAGCGUGUCCUUAACAACUUUCUAUCAUCACAUCAUAAUGCAUCGUUAUCUUCAGUCAGUAUGAUUCCUACGCCUGGUAUGUCAAGCAGUGGAAGCAACAAUAGUGGACUUUCAGUUAAGUCAGAUCAUCCUACAUUUUCCACCAGCAAUACCAAUGUUGUACCUCAAACUAUUUCAAGUACUGUCAGCUUACCAUCAACUGCACAUGGUCCAACUGAUAAUGGAAAUAAUACAUCUUCAAAUGCCUCAGAUGGAACAAUUUCUAAUGGCUACCAGUUUCAAUCAUCCAACUUUGCUCUAGCUUCUGGUAGUAUAAUGUCUUCCAUUCCUUCAACUAAUGUACCAAGACAAUUUAGUCAAAUGAUACCAACACCAGGAUUUAAUAGUCAGCGGACUGUAUCUGCAAAUUUUGAAUGUUCUAAUGGAGGAUUAUCUAGCACUGAAUUUAAUAUGUCUCCACAAUCUCUGCAGCUUAAGAAAUAUGUGGAAAGUCAAAAUAUCCACACAUUGCAUAAUCUUGGUUCUCAAAUAGGGGCUGGAAUGAGGUCCAAUAUUCUUCAAAAUGGUUCCCCUUGUGGAUUAUCUAAUGGACUUGCAAACGAUGCAUUGGGAUUUAUUGGGAACAACAUACAACAAAGUGGCCCUGCAGCCUCUGAGGGUUUCCAAAGCCCAAUUCCUUAUUCUAGUUCCUCAAAGUCACUAUAUCAGAAUUUGGAUCAGCAACAUCACCAAUCACGGAUGCCAACAUCAAUGUCACGGCAAGGGCUACCUGUCCUGAGCAGUAGUUAUACAGUGAAUACGGACAAUAUAUCUCAUUCUCAGACCUUUCAUGAACGGGAUUCCUCUAGCUUAUCUUCUAUAAGUAACAUAAAUUCUGUUAUGGAUCAGUCAAGAACAAACCAAGGAUUACUCAACCAUCAUGCAGGUUUUCAUGCGGUGCAACUUCCUCUUGAUGACAAACCUCAAUUGCUUGUUGAUCAAUCUGUCAAAAUGAAUUAUCAAUCAACUCAUUCUAUUGGAGUAAAUCUUCUUCAGUCGCAACAGGAUGUGCAACAGUCUAAUCAAACUUGUGCACAAAUUGUUCAGAGCCAACAUCAGUUACUGCAAAAGCAUCAACAAAACAUGCAGAACCAACAUCAACUGAUACCGAAGAAUGACCCUUUGAGACAGUCCUCAUUAGCCUCACAUUUUGGUGAGCAAUUAAUAUUGAAUGUCACCUGUUCGAACACAUUUUUCCCAUCAGCCACUCAACAAGUCCACCCUCCAGAUUUACAGACCCAGUACCAGCAACAUUAUUCUGCUGAAGUUCAAGAUAAAAGUGUUCAAGUUUUAGGUCCUUUGCCCAACUCUAAAGAUUUUAGUGUUUCGAUUUCAAAGGAUUCUCAGCAGCUGUUGCACUCACACCAGCAGCUUAAUGGAUUUUCUAACAACUUUAGUUGUGUAUCUAGUGGAUCACAAGUGGAGGAACUCCUGCAGUUUCAGUGUCAUCCUCAACCAAUUCAGCAACCCAAGGCCACAGAUAAAUUAUCAUUCCAACAAAUCCAGGAAGAGCUUCAUCAAAGAUUGUCUGGGCAAAACAAAGCUCAACAACCUCUUUGCUCUGCUCGAGAAUUAGAUACUGCAAACAGAGAAUAUAUGAAGCAACCAAACUAUUUAAAACAACAGAGAUGGUUGUUGUUUCUACAUCAUGCUCGCAGGUGCCCCUCGAAAAAGGGAAUGUGCAAAGAAGCUAACUGUGUGAAAGCUCAGGAGUUGAUUAUGCAUAUGGAUACCUGUAGCAGUGAUCUGUGCAAAUUUCCUCGUUGUUUUCCAUCUAGAAAACUUGUCAAGCAUAUUUGUAAGUGUACAGCAGGUGAUUGUCCUGUCUGCAUUCCUGUACGUGAUCGGAUAGCUCAAAAUUAUAAGGUACAUUCCCAUGCAUUGGCUGAGAUAUGUCUGUUGUCUGAAAUAAAAAGAGAUGCUGAUGGAAUGAAAGCAGAGAUAGCGCCUUCUGAAGUUUCUCAGAACAAUCAACCAGUAUCUAAGCGGAUCAAGAUCGAACACAUAUCACCUAUUUUUCCUAACACUGAAUCUACCUUAAUCCCUGUCACUCCUGGAAAUCAACAUUAUGACUUCUGGGAGGUGCAAGACUCAGAGUGUAAACAAAAGAUUUUUGCUAACUCUGACCUCAAUGUGAAGAUGGAUGAGCCUUUUGGUAGUGGGCAGGAAAAAUUGCCCGUAUUUGACAGUACUAUUAAGGAGAGUGUAAUUUUGACUGGCUGCGAAAAGAAUCCUAAUGUUUCUAGAACUGUUGGCUCUUGUGUCCAUCAAGAAGGUACUGCAGAUGAUAAAUUGUUGAAUCAUGCUGCUGCAGAAAUCAACCAGGACUUAGCUAACCAACCAACUGAUCAAGUAACUGGAAAAUCAGGGAAGCCAAAGAUACAAGGUGUUUCGUUGAUUGAAUUGUUCACUCCUAAGCAAAUUAAGGAGCAUAUAAUUGGUCUGAGGCAAUGGGUUGGCCAGAGUAAGGCCAAAGCUGAGAAGAAUCAAGCGAUGGAACGGUCAAUGACUGAGAAUUCUUGCCAACUUUGUGCAGUGGAAAAACUCAAUUUUGAACCCCCUCCAAUCUAUUGUUCCCCAUGUGGCGCCCGAAUAAAGAAAAAUGCACAGUAUUAUACAGUUGGAAGUGGUGAUGCACGGCAAUACUUUUGUAUCCCAUGUUAUAAUGAUGCUCGUGGUGACACUAUAGAAGCUGAAGGAUCUGUAUUUGCAAAGGCAAAGCUUGAAAAGAAGAGAAAUGAUGAGGAAACGGAAGAAUGGUGGGUGCAAUGUGAUAAAUGUGAAACUUGGCAACAUCAAAUAUGUGCUCUAUUCAAUGGCAGAAGAAAUGAUGGAGAAGCAGAAUACACUUGCCCUAAUUGCUAUAUGGAGGAAAUAGAGAGAGGUGAGCGCAAGCCCUUACCACAGAGUGCUGUUCUUGGUGCAAAGGAUUUGCCAAGAACUAUCCUCAGUGAUCAUAUAGAACAAAGGCUUUUCAAACGGCUGAAACAUGAGAGACAAGAAAGAGCCAAGCAGCAGGGAAAAUUUUUUGAUGAGGUGCCAGGGGUAGAGAAGCUAGUAGUUAGAGUUGUAUCAUCUGUUGACAAAAAAUUGGAGGUAAAACAGCGAUUUCUAGAAAUGUUUCAGGAGGAAAAUUACCCUAGAGAAUUUCCAUAUAAAUCCAAGGCUAUACUGUUAUUUCAGAAGAUAGAAGGCGUAGAAGUAUGCUUAUUUGGCAUGUACGUUCAAGAAUUUGGUUCUGAUUCCCCUUUCCCCAACCAGCGACGUGUAUAUCUUUCUUAUUUAGAUUCUGUGAAGUACUUCAGGCCUGAAAUCAAAACAGUGUCUGGAGAAGCUCUACGUACAUUUGUUUAUCAUGAAAUUCUGAUUGGAUAUCUUGAAUAUUGCAAGAAACGUGGAUUUACUAGCUGUUACAUUUGGGCUUGUCCUCCUUUAAAGGGAGAAGAUUAUAUACUGUACUGCCAUCCUGAGAUUCAGAAGACACCUAAAUCUGACAAACUGAGGGAGUGGUACUUAUCUAUGCUCCGAAAAGCUGCAAAGGAGAAUAUUGUUGUUGAUCUGACGAAUUUGUAUGAUCAUUUCUUUGUAACCACCGGGGAGUGCAAGGCCAAAGUAACUGCAGCACGUUUGCCAUAUUUUGAUGGAGAUUAUUGUCCUGGUGCAGCUGAGGAUAUCAUCAAUCAACUUCGUCAAGACGAAGAUGGUAGAAAACAAAUGAAGAAAGGAAAAAACAAGAUGACACUUACAAAAAGGGCCUUGAAAGCUGCUGGUCAUACUGAUCUCUCUGGAAACACCUCGAAGGAUGCUUUGUUGAUGCAAAAGCUUGGCGAAACCAUAUCCCCUAUGAAAGAAGAUUUUAUAAUGGUUCACUUGCAGCAUAGUUGCACACAUUGUCGCAUCCUAAUGGUAUCUGGGACACGAUGGGUUUGUAAUCAAUGCAAAAACUUCCAACUUUGCGACAAGUGUUAUGAAGUUGAAGGAAAGGUAGAUCAAAGAGAAAGGCAUCCUACUAAUAGUAGGGAAAAGCAUAUGCUAUAUCCAGUUGAAAUUAGGGACGUUGCUGAGGAUACGAAGGAUAAAGAUGAUAUACUAGAAAGUGAAUUUUUUGACACUAGGCAGGCAUUUCUGAGUCUUUGUCAAGGAAAUCACUAUCAGUAUGAUACUCUGCGCCGUGCUAAGCAUUCAUCAAUGAUGAUCUUAUAUCACCUCCAUAAUCCUACUGCACCUGCAUUUGUGACCACAUGCCACGUUUGCUAUCAUGAUAUUGAAACUGGUCAGGGCUGGCGAUGUGAAAUUUGUCCAGAUUUUGAUGUAUGCAAUGCUUGCUAUCAGAAGGGUGGCAUUGACCAUCCUCAUAAGUUGACUAAUCAUCCAACAAAUGCUGAACGCGAUGCACAAAACAAAGAAGCUCGAGCAAAGCGAGUUUCACAGCUUCGGAAAAUGCUUGAUCUUUUGGUCCAUGCUUCCCAGUGUCGAUCUCCACAGUGCCAAUAUCCAAACUGCCGAAAAGUUAAAGGCCUUUUUCGUCAUGGUCUUCAAUGUAAGACGCGUGCUUCAGGUGGUUGUGUUUUAUGCAAGAGGAUGUGGUAUCUCCUCCAAUUGCAUGCUCGUGCAUGUAAAGAGUCAGCAUGCACUGUACCUCGAUGCAGAGAUCUGAGGGAACACUUUAGAAGAUUGCAGCAGCAAUCUGAUUCCCGGCGUAGGGCUGCAGUGAUGGAGAUGAUGAGACAGCGUGCAGCUGAGGUUGCUGCAAACUCCGGAUAACAAACUGUAAAAAGAGGAUUUUGUUAACUCCUUUAUAUUUCAUUCCAUUUAUUGAACAAUGCUGUAUGGAUUGGCAGUCAGCAGGGUUUCGGCAAAUCUGAAUCAGAUCAAUGAAACAAUGGCAUGAUACGAUCAGCUUGUACAAAAUGGCUCUCCCACCUCAUCUGCUGUAUCUGUUGCAUGUUCAGUACGGCGCUAACAGAUCCUGACAACAUCCCAAAUUUAUUGGUCGAUCUAAGCUGCUGGAGGUGGUACUUUGAUUUGUCAUGCAGCAGCUAGCUCGUCAUCUUCCACGGAUGGUGGUUGUAUUAUAGGUGUUGUUGUAAUUCACCUUUUCUAGCUCUAAAAUAAUCAUAUUUAGUUUCGAAAUUUUGUGCCUAAUUGGAGGGUUUAGAGAGAAAUGGGGAUGAACGGAUCUUGCACUUGUUUGUGCCCGCCCCUUUUGUACAGAUGUAUUGCCACUUGAAAAAUGAAAUAAGAGGGAAUCUCCUUGUCCUCUUUUACA